AAGUAUGCGGAACGUUUAGUAGGACGUUAUGUAGAUGGGGAGAAUAUUUGAGUAACACAGGAAAGAACUCCCCACCCAACUCCACUUACCAAUCCUUAGACAAAAUAUGAACUGCGCUUUCUGGGCAUAGCAUUAUUGAAAAUAAACUAUACACAUUUAAACCAGCUAUCACGUCGCUAUUGUGUUAGUGUGAUUUAUAAACAAAAUCAGCAGCAUGCUAAUUAAAGUGAAGACACUGACCGGCAAGGAGAUAGAGAUUGAUAUUGAGCCUACAGACAAAGUAGAGCGAAUUAAAGAGAGAGUAGAGGAGAAGGAAGGUAUACCUCCCCAACAGCAGAGGUUAAUCUACAGCGGCAAACAAAUGAACGAUGAGAAAACUGCCUCCGACUAUAAAAUCCAGGGUGGCUCUGUCCUCCACCUUGUUCUCGCGCUACGGGGAGGAGCCAGACCUCUGUGGCUACAGCCUAUGAUGUAACCACAGCACAGCCAACCUGCCAAGAUACCGACCGCAAAUGUCUCAGCUGAUUAGCUGCGGAGAAGGAGCCAUGAGCGACUGUGUUACCAGACGUCUUGUUUGUUCGGCAGGGGGCCAUCAAAUCGCGUUAUCUUUCAAAUCUCGAGUCACAAGUCCGACUUAAAAAAAAACACGGCACUCUGCCCAAAAACGUAUUAGCAGCCUCACCUUGUUAGGUCUCAAGGCUACUUAUAGCUUUAGUUCAGAGAUCCGGCGGUUGGUAUGGUAUUUGAAGUUGAGGGAAUCCCGUAGCAGGCCUGUGCGCAGAUGCACGCUCUCUGUCUUGAAGAGAAUAUUCUGUUGUCAUCUGUAUCAAAAGCGGCCAUGCUCUUCUGCGGUUCUGCCUUCUCCCCAUGUUGAAUGUUUUCUACCGGGGAAAAAUAAAUUUCACACAUUGCGUUCUAAUGAUCCCAAACCAAAGUCAGAUCAAUGUUGUGUCUGCAAGUUAAAGUAUGUUUCCUGAUAUGACCUACUGAUAUCCUCCUAUGUAUUAGUGCUAGUUUAUUUUAUAUUUGUGUAAUUUAAGUCACUUUUUCCGACGUUGUCGUUGAUAUUUGGUUUAUUAUUAUUGGUUUAUGGUUUAUAUGACCUAUUUUGCUUCAUGGAUGGAUGGAUGGAUGAAGACACCUUGAAUGGCAUGGUAUUGUAAACAUGUAUGACGUAAAUGCUUAACAUCAUGUUUUCCCUUGUCAGGCUGCGCCUCACAAAUGGAUGCCCUAGGUCAAUGGGAGAAGGUAACCUGUGGUUACGCUCUCCAGUCAAAGGUUGUUUACAAUGUCGAUUAUGUACAUGGAGCGAUGUGGAUUGACGCUUUGAGCUGGGUGUUGGGGCUGCAAUGCAAUGUGUGGGAAAGAAAAUAAGUUGAAGUUAACCGAUACGUUUUGAUUGUUCACCCCUCUGCCCAGAAACACACACACCAGUGUGAAAAUGCUUUGAUUUGAUCUAAACUGUUUGGUGGUGCUGUACUGGAUUAAAGACGUGUUUACAACUCCCCUCUCCUCGAAUAAAACUGCCUCGCUGCCAUUUUGCUUCUAUUCACAGGAAGCUAACAAAAAUAUAAUUUUUUCUCAUGUUUAUAAAGGAUGAAGCAAAUGCAAGGAGAGGCGAUCGUUCUGUAGGAAAAAUGUAUUUUAUUAUCAUCACAAAUCACUAUUAUCUAUAUUUAAAAAACGUUUUACACCAACAAGAAAAAUAUACUUUUUUUAAGAGAAGGAGAAGAGCCGGUUAAUUCAACCUGAUCUUGCUGUUUAUAAUAUGAUUGACACAUAGGCCUACUACCUUAUCUACAAUGUGUGUAAGGUAAUAUUCAGUUCCGUCAAUUCAGUUUUGUUAUAUUGAGAUAUAUCAUAGAUUUGAAAAAUUAUAUGGAGAAGAAAGUGGACAGGACAUGUAUGACAUCACACUGCUUACAAAGGAAUGAACUGAUGCAUGUUUUGGGUUUUCUAUUAUGUAAUAUGAAAUAGCACCCCUUGAUUUAGCGAACUUCUCAAACUGCUUAUUUGUCAAUUUGAGGUACAUCUACCAAAUUAUUUGAUUAAAAACGUAGAAUUAAUAAAA